AAGCGCCACCUAUCAAGUAACUACUGUAAAGCAAGCGUCGUGAACGAAGGAACGGCAUUUACCCACUGGGAGUGGAACACCCUUCUAAACUAACAGGAGCUGAACAUUAUGACUUUAAUGACUCCUUUUGUUGAAGGAAUUCUAUAAUUUUGUCAGGGCUUCCUUGUAAAUCAGUUACUCGGUUGACUGACGGAACCAUUCAUUGAAAAGUAAACGUUUGUGUUUGAAGACAUUUGUACGUGGAAAAAAAGGCAAAAUGGACGGCUACAGCUAUGAUUCUACGGUCGAGAGUGACAACAACAACAAUACGGACGAAAUCUUCGAUUCUUUCCUCGAGAGUGAAACGAACAGUACAAACUGCACAAUCCAACCCUGUGAGUGUGACAAACUCGUCCUACAAAACCUGAUGCCGUAUUACGUUGUCUUCAGCUUGCUCGCGCUGGCUGGAAUCAUCGGCAACGCUCUGAUCAUACUGGUACUUCGGAAACACGAAAAGGCGCGAACGACCGCCGAAAUCUACGUGCUAAACAUGGCGACUACGGACCUGCUGAUGUUGUCUAUGGUGCCCAUACUGGUGACACGCAACAUCAUGAGCUAUAAAUGGAUCUUUGGCGACUUCUUGUGCCGUGUGUACUAUCUCAUAGCUGGGUUGAACAUGUUUAAUACCGUUUUUAUCCUCACUGCCAUGAGUGUGGACCGAUACUUCUGCGUCUCGCGUCCGCUACGCUCCUUGGACUGGAAAACCACCAGGACCGCAAAAAUCGUCUGCGCGUUGCUAUGGGUGGUUGCCACGGUGAUAGACCUCCCAUGGGUCAUCUGGGCUGACAUCAUGCCGUACUGUGAUAUCGAUGCUACUCCCAUGUGCGUGUACGAUUUUCCGAAGUACAACGGAGACGACCACUUCUGGGAGCGCAUGUCGGAGAUAGGUGUGCUGUUCUUGUCCUUUGUGAUACCCAUUAUCCUGAUCACGGGAACGCACAUAGGGAUACUGUAUCACGUGAGAAACGCUGCGGCAGGGUUGGACCGGACACAACGGUCACAGGAGAAGGUGACAAAGAUGGUGUUCGCCAUAGUGGUAGUGUUCGUCAUGUGCUGGUUGCCGAAAAACGUGGCUUACCUCGCCGAGCGUUUUGAUUGGUUUGACGCGCCGACCGAACUGCAAAUCGGGUUCGAGAUGCUGCUGAUCACCAACAGCGCCAUCAACCCCUACCUCUACACCAUAUUUGGGCAACACUUCCAGAGGAGGCUCAUGGGAAUAUUCUUCCCAGCGAAACAUCGGCGAAGCAUGGUGACCCGAAAUACGGUCAUGAGGAGUAAGAACGGGACGCCCCCUGGCGAACGUCGUCGGCACGACAGCGCCAAAAACCACUGGUGUGUGGAAGUGGAGGCUCAAGUAGAGAACACGGAGGACCGGAGUCUGUCCGCGUCCGAGAAAGAAACAGAACUUUGCGGCAACGUUCAAGUUCAUGACACUCCGGUCUGAUAAUGAGUGUCA